AUGGACGUUUCUAAUUUAAAUCAUACCUAUGGUAUAUUUAUGAAAAACAAUACUACUCUUUUGGAUGCUACUGUUGAAAACUAUAAAAUUAUGUCUGAAACUCCUGUUUUACUUAACAAUACAAACAUUGACAUUUCUAUAAUAAUUCAAGAAAACGACAACAGUUCUCAAGAAAUACAAGUACUUGAUGAUUCAUUACUAGCUAAUACAUUAAAUCAAGAGCAACUAAUUAGUUCCUAUUCAAAUAAUGAGGAUCUGUUAUUGUCAAAUACAAGAUCAUUAAAAAUAUUGAAGUCAGAAAAUAUUAUAAAUAAUAUAUCUACUGGUUCUACUAGAACUUCAAAAAACAUAGUUCAUUUAAGUAAUGCAAGUUUUUGUAGUAAUUCUGAAAAUUCAUUAUUUUGGACAACAUUACCUGACGAAUCCACAAACAUUUCAAGUACAAAAAAUGUAAAUAUGAAUACAUUUCAAACGCCUAAAAGAAAUAAAUUAUCUAUUGCAGAAAACAUAGUUAAUACAAUCAAAAUCAUGUCUUCAAAUAAUCAAAAAUCUUUUCAUCCAGGCGCUUUUGAACUUGAUGAUCAUAAUGAAGGUCCUUUAACAAGAUCAUUUGUAACACAUUCACAUAACCGCAGUUCUUCAAUUCUAACUUUAGUUUAUUAUGGACAAAAAACGUCCAAGUCAACUUUAUCACUUACACGAUCUACCUAUGAAUUUAUAUUGGAUCAAUCACGAGUUGAAAAAAAUGGAAUGCAAAAGUUCAAAUCUCUGUAUAGGAAUGAAUCAUGGAUUACUAAACUUCUUUACAAAUUCUUAAUUAUUAAAUUGCAACAAGUUUAUAAUAUAUAUCACAUUGAUGGACAGUGA